UUAAAGAAAGAUUGUAGUUGAAAAGCAAACCAUCAAGACAGAACAACGAAAAACAUUGAAAAAUAAAGGAAAAAAGCAAAAAUAAAGUAAUUAAAAAAGUAAUAAUACCAGACGAAGAUAAAAAUUGUUAAAUAAAACGAGUAUUUAAGAAAAUAGUUUAAUUUAAAAUAUAAAAUUAAAAAUAAAUUGUAUUAAGCCUAAACUGACGUGUCUUUAAAAAAAAGACUGAAAGAAGUACACAGUUUACUCAAGUUGUUAUUGGUGUAGAUACGUGAUUUUGUUGGCGGCUCAAGAAAGAAUACGUGAAAAGAGAAAGUAUUCAUUAAGUCAAUAAAUGUUUUAAAAAAUCUGAAGAAUUUUAACCCUACUACAAAUCACAAAAUGGCCAAAGAUAAAAUUAAAGAUCACACCCCUGUAAUGAAUGGCAAGUUACAUCAAACAAAUGGCAAAAGUCACAAAUUCGAGGCCAAUUCUAUGCCGCCCCAAAAAUCCCUAAUUACUGCCUAUGUUCUUUGGUUAUUUGGUGGUAUUUUUGGUUUACAUCACAUUUACUUGCAUCGCGAUCGUCACGCCUUUAUUUGGUGGUGCACAUUGGGCGGCUACUUUGGUGUGGGUUGGAUAUUUGAAGUCUUCAAUAUACCCAGUUAUGUGCGUGAUGCCAAUGAAGAUCCCAAAUUUAUAGAGGAAUUUGUUAAGAAAUUGCAACAUUAUCGUAAACCGCCCUAUUCGGGUAAACGUUUUUUGGGAGAAGUUAUGAUUGGUUAUCUAUUUGGUCAACUUUAUCAGAUGGCCAUACCAGAGACUUUAUUUAUGGGCAUCGACUUUAGCUUUUUACAUUGGCUGAUACCAGUAUUUGUGGCGUUAGGGGUUUGGACCGUGGGCAAUAUAGGUCGUGAAAAAGGUGUAUUGUGGCAUUGCCUUCUAGCGGCCUUUGCCUCCUAUCCAGUGCGUUAUUUCAUUUAUGAUGAAACUUAUACCCUUCUCAUAACCGCUUUGGCUGCGGGACUUAUUUUCGAUCACUUCUCCAAAGAAUGGUUGCGUACACCACCCAAAAGACGCGGUAAAUUGGAGAGAACUUUAAAAUUCACCGGUGCCCUAUGUAUUUACUUCUCCCUCUGGGGUUGUUUCCUUUAUUUCAAUGGCACCAUAUCGGAUGAAGAUGGCAAUGAAGUGCCCAUACAUGAAGCCUUCCAAAACUUUUUAGCCUCGGCCUGGUGGACCGAUAUAGCUCAGGCCUUACAAGACACCUACAACUAUGCUCAACAUCAUGGUUGGUAUGAGACCUGGAAGGAAAUAUUCGAGUCAAUGGAUGUAGAUGGUGAGCGUAAUUCCUAUAAGGUAUUAGGUGUUAGUGCCACCGCUUCUCAGUCAGAGAUCACAGCAGCCUAUCGUCGCCUCUCGAAGGAAUAUCAUCCCGAUAAGGUUAAAGAUGAAACACAAAAGGCUGCGGCCAAUCAACGUUUCAUUGAGAUACAACAGGCCUAUAGUGUCCUGUCGAAAAUUAAAUCAUCACGUCGUCGUAAGAAUACCAAAUCAGUAGAUGAUGAACCUAUAGUUUUGUAGGCGUAAAAAUGAGUGUUUGUAUUUAUUUUUGACUGAAUUCAUUUAAGUUUUUAUUCAUAUACAGUUCCCUUUUAACACGUUGAUUUACUCAUGUUUUGAAAUUAGAAUCCAGUGCACAUUUAAUCUAAGUAAAAUUUAUUUUAAAAUUAAAUUUUAUUUAUUUGUUUUUCUUCAUUUUUAGCUUUAAGUUAAACGAAUGUUAGUUUUAAGUAUGUACCUAUUACAGAAUUUUUUUAAUAAAAUUUAAGUUUAACAUUUAAUAAACAGAUUAAGUACAGUC